CUUCUUCCGCCGCAGCAUCCAGAAGAACAUGGUGUACACGUGUCACCGGGACAAGAACUGCAUCAUCAACAAGGUGACCCGGAACCGCUGCCAAUACUGCCGGCUGCAGAAGUGCUUCGAAGUGGGCAUGUCCAAGGAGUCUGUGCGGAACGACCGGAACAAGAAGAAGAAGGAGACCCCAAAGCCCGAGUGCUCGGAGAGCUACACACUGACGCCGGAAGUGGGGGAGCUCAUCGAGAAGGUGCGCAAGGCGCACCAGGAGACCUUCCCCGCCCUCUGCCAGCUGGGCAAGUACACUACGAACAACAGCUCAGAACAACGUGUCUCUCUGGACAUUGACCUCUGGGACAAGUUCAGUGAACUCUCCACCAAGUGCAUCAUUAAGACUGUAGAGUUUGCCAAGCAGCUGCCCGGCUUCACCACCCUCACGAUCGCUGACCAGAUCACCCUCCUCAAGGCUGCCUGCCUGGACAUCCUGAUCCUGCGGAUCUGCACGCGGUACACGCCUGAGCAGGACACCAUGACCUUCUCAGACGGGCUGACUCUGAACCGGACCCAGAUGCACAAUGCUGGCUUCGGUCCCCUCACCGACCUGGUCUUUGCCUUCGCCAACCAGCUGCUGCCUCUGGAGAUGGACGAUGCUGAGACCGGGCUGCUCAGCGCCAUCUGCCUCAUUUGUGGAGAUCGGCAGGACCUAGAACAGCCAGAAAGGGUGGACAUGCUCCAAGAACCGCUGCUUGAGGCACUGAAGGUGUAUGUGAGGAAACGGAGGCCCAGCCGCCCCCACAUGUUCCCCAAGAUGCUGAUGAAGAUCACGGACCUGAGAAGCAUCAGUGCUAAGGGGGCUGAGCGAGUGAUCACCUUGAAGAUGGAGAUCCCAGGCUCUAUGCCGCCUCUUAUCCAGGAAAUGCUGGAGAACUCGGAGGGCUUGGACACUCUGAGCGGACAGGCAGGGGGUGGGACAAGGGACGGGGGUGGCCUGGCCCCUCCGCCAGGCAGCUGUAGUCCCAGCCUCAGUCCCAGUUCCAACAGAAGCAGCCCAGCCACCCAUUCCCCAUGACCACCGCGCCACAUGGACACAGCCCUCACCCCUGUCCUGGCUUUUUCUGCCUUCUACCGACCAUGCAACCCUUGCCAGCCCUGCCCCUGCCCAUCCUCCCAGACAGAACUUGGGACAGGAGGAGGAGGCAGCGACUGUGGACAGAGAUCUGGGCCUGCGAUGGACUGUCUCUUCCCACAGCUGGGGCUGACACCGGGGCAAGGUGGAGCCCAGGAAGGACCUGGCCUGGGCCUGCUGCCCAUGGAGACGGACGGCCCCUGCCCACCCGGCCACAUCUUCAUCACCAGCAAACGGCCGCCGGGACCUGGCUCUCUCUCCAUCCUUUGAACUCAUAAGCCAUUGCUCCCCAGCUGGGGGCCCUCCCCCUGCCUUGGUUGGUGACCGAGGGGUGGCUGGGGUGGGGGAGCUUCCCCUGUACAUACCCUGAGUACCAACCCCCCCAGGUAUUAAUUCUCGCUGGUUUUGUUUUUAUUUUAAUUUUUUUUGGUUUUGAUUUUUUUUUAAAUAAGAAUUUUCAUUUUAAGCACAUUUAUACUGAAGGAAUUUUGCUGUGUCUUGCGGGGAGCUGGAUUCCAAGUUGGAGGGGGUGGGGCCUCGGGAGGGACCGGGCUCCAGGGACGCCCCUCUCCGUCCCUUGUCCCUGCACUCUCCUCAGCCUUUUCUCCUCAGUUUUCUCUUUAAUACUGUGAAGUACUAACUUUCCAAGGCUGUCUUUGCCUCCCUGUGUGAGGACAGAAGCCAGCC